AUGCUGGAUGAAGCCCAGCCUCAAGAAAAAGCUGGACGCCGUCAGGGGUCCAGCUACUUAGACCACAUCCAGAUCAUGUCGAGGGUCAUAGAGGUUUGCCGGGAAUACCGCCUGCCCUUUGUUCUAACCUUCGUCGACUAUGAGAAAGCCUUCGACAGCGUAGAAACGAAUGCAAUACCGUCAGCGCUGGUCGACCAGGACGAUGCCAUAUCGCCUAAGCUGUUAACGGCUGCACUGCAAUGGGUAAUGAAGUCAUUUUCCUGGGAAGAAAGAGGCGUACGUGUUGAUGGAAGAUUUCUCUCGAACCUUCGUUCCGCGGACGACAUCGUUCUCUUUUCGAGCAGUACCAUUGAAGCACAAACGAUGCUCAACGAAUUGAACGAAACAGAGAAGAGAAUAGGACUGCGAAUAAACAGAAAGAAGACACAGUUCAUGAAGAACCCCUACUGCGAGGACGGAGGAGUACAACUUGAAGGCUUCCAAAUCGUGGAAACUUCGUCAUACGUAUACCUCGGACGUUCUAUGAACAUGGAAAACGACUUGAAGGAAGAAUUGAAUAGAAGAAUGAGAGCAGCAUGGGCAGCAUUCUACGAAAUUGCGGAGCAACAGACGGACCAAAAUCUUCGUGCACAUCUAUUUGGCUCGACAGUUCUUCGAGCGCUCUGUUACGCAGCGGAGACGUGGGCAGACACCGCCGCCACGUGUAGGAAGCUACUUACUACCCAGAGAGCCCUUGAGAGAUGUCUUCGGAAGUUUAACAAGCGCACACAACACUUGGAUGGUCUUCGCAGCUCCGACAUAAGAAGAAUGUGCCGUCUUCGCGACCCAGCGGAAUAUAUAUCGAAAGCAAAUCAUAGAUGGGCUGGUCACAUUAUGAGAAGAAUCGACGAUAGAUGGACUAAAAGAACCCUAAAGUGGAAGAGAAGCUAA